AUGCUACGAACGAUUUUAGUGCGAAACCAAGUAUUAAACGAUACAGUUAAAAAAGCUAUUCGGUGUAAUAUAACGAGAUGUUUAAGCACAGAAUUGGCAAGACGAAAGCAGCCAAAUAAGCCAAUAGGUGUAACACAACAUAAGAUAAAACCAGAACACAAAUGGGGGAUUCAAAUCAGGAGUUAUUCAAGUCUCCCAUCACAUUCAAAGGUAAACCUACCAGCGCUAUCACCGACUAUGGAAAAUGGGUCUAUAGUGAGCUGGGAAAAGAAGGAGGGUGAUAAAUUAAGUGAAGGUGAUCUGUUAUGUGAAAUCGAGACUGAUAAAGCCACAAUGGGCUUUGAGACGCCAGAAGAGGGUUAUUUAGCUAAAAUCCUUCUACCCGCCGGUACAAAAGGUGUUCCCGUCGGGAAAUUGCUAUGUAUUAUAGUUGAAAAUCAAGCGGAUGUCGCAGCAUUUAAAGAUUACAAGGAUGACUCCACAGGGGUGCCAUCGAAACAACCGCCGAAAAAAGCCGCUGACGCUAAGCCGGCUGCUGCACCAGCACCUGCACCACCAGCUGCGAAACCUGCAGCAGCAGCAGCUGCACCUGCUGCACCUGUAGCUCAAGCUGCACCAGCUGCUGCAGAACACGGCAGGUUGUACGCCAGUCCAAUGGCCAGACGAUUAGCCGAGCUCAAGAAUAUUAGGUUGGGUGGUCAAGGUUCAGGGCUAUAUGGGUCAUUAAAGAGUGGUGACCUCGCCGCAGCGGGUCAGCCUGCAAUGACUGCUGCUGCACCAGUUCCUGGCUCUGCAUACACAGACAUACCAUUGACAAGUAUGAGAGAAGCUAUCGCCAAGAGGUUGUCGUUAUCAAAACAAACGAUACCGCAUUACCAAUUGACCGUCAUAGCUAAUGUUGAGAAGUUGCUCGAAAUGAGGAAGAGGAUCAAUGAUAAGUUACAGGCUGAUAAGUCUGAUGUUAAGAUUUCAGUCAACGAUUUCAUCCUUAAAGCUGUAGCUUCAGCCUGUAAAAGAGUACCAACAGUCAAUUCACAUUGGAUGGAAACAUUUAUUAGACAGUUCAACAAUGUGGAUGUAUCAACGGCUGUAGCAACUCCCUCGGGUUUGAUCACACCCAUCUUAUUCAACGCUGACUCCCUCGGGAUCAUUGAAAUAUCCAAGGAAAUGAAGAAGUUAGCCGCCAAGGCUAGGGAAGGGAAAUUACAGCCUCAGGAAUUUGUUGGAGGAACUGUCACUGUUUCCAAUCUAGGAAUGUUUGGUAUCGCAAACUUCACAUCUAUAAUCAACCCGCCUCAAUCUCUGAUACUGUCUGUGGGUGGACUACAAGAUAUGAUGAUUCCAGAUAAAAAUGAACCACAAGGGUUCCGCUUCGCCAAGGUCAUGACAUUCACCGCGUCAGCCGACCACCGCGUCAUAGACGGCGCGGUCGGCGCUCAAUGGAUGAAGGAAUUGCGAGAAAACAUCGAAGAUCCGGCCAACAUCAUCCUGUAA